GUUAUUUCAAAGACGUCGGUCAAUGUGACUUGUGUUAUUGAUACUCGUGGAGAUAAAUAAUAAUCAAAGUAAAUAAAUAGAUAUUAAAAUGUCAAGGGAGGAAAAAUUCGAUGGGAUGCUGAUGGCCAUGGCCCAGCAGCACGAAGGAGGAGUCCAGGAUCUAUUGGACACUAUCUUCAAUUUCCUUGCUCGUAAAACGGACUUUUACACUGGUGGUGGCGAAGGAGCAGCUGAGAAGCUGGUAAAUAGUAAAUUCAAAAAGCAUCAAGCUACAGCUAUCGCCAAGCACAACAAAGAAAAAGCAGAACGUGCUAAACAGGAGCAAAAACGCCAGGAAAACGUAGAAAAGAAGCGCAAAGAAGAACAAGAAGCCGCGAAGAUGAUGUUGGAUGAUGAUAGUCCUUGCAAAAUUGAAGAGGUAACUGAUGAAAUGGCGGAUAAGUUGGAAGAAGAAUGGACUAACAAGUCUGAGUCCAGUGCAUCAGUUCCUGGUACCAGUUCCUCGCCGGUAAACGGCCAGACCGAAGCAGCGGCUGAAAAGAAGAAACCAGAGGAAGCGAAGACAAAGGAAGACGAUGAUGAAGAAGACGAGGUUGAGAAAGGCAAGCUGAAGCCCAACAGUGGAAACGGAGCCGACAUGCCCAAUUACAGAUGGACACAGACGCUUCAGGAGGUCGAAGUAAGAGUGCCACUUAAGGUCAGCUUUGUCGCCAGGCCCAAAGAUGUCAAAGUCGUAAUUACUAAAAAACAUCUUACCUGCGGUAUUAAAGGUCAUCCACCAAUUAUAGACGGCGAUUUUCCGCAUGAAGUUAAGCUUGAGGAUUCCACUUGGGUUAUUGAGGAUGGCAAAACUUUGCUCAUAAACUUGGAAAAGGUCAAUAAAAUGCAGUGGUGGUCACAUAUUGUCACAUCAGAUCCGGAAAUAAGUACCAAGAAGGUAAAUCCAGAGCCGAGCAAACUCUCGGAUCUUGAUGGAGAGACUCGCGGUCUUGUUGAGAAGAUGAUGUACGAUCAGCGGCAAAAGGAGCUUGGAUUGCCGACAUCUGACGAACAGAAGAAGCAAGAUGUCAUUAAAAAGUUUAUGCAACAGCAUCCAGAGAUGGACUUUUCAAAAUGUAAAUUCAAUUGAGCUGCACGUUAUUUAUUUUAAAUACUUUUUUUUUUUUUUUAAUUUCAAUAUACCGUGCGUCGUUUCGUUUUGAUUAAUUUUUUAUCCUUCAAAUUUAAAAUUCAUUUAUCAUAAGUUUAAUCUUGGUUUUUAAAUAAUAUAUAGAAUUAAGUCGCAGAUAUUUUUAUUCCGUUCAGCUAAUUGUAAGCAUCUAGGUCAUUAAUUAUUAAUUUUUUUUUUAUUUUCUUUAAAUUCUUUUUGUAUGUCACAAUUUUGACCUAAUACAUAUGUCACACUUAACGACGCUGUCACUGUGAAUUUUGAAUAAAAUAAAAUAAAAUAAAAUGAAUAAUAAAUACCAUGGACGAUGGAGCUAUUGAUUAAGAAA